AUGUUAAAAGAAUCACCAUUUGAAUUUAAUUUUAUUGAUAACUUUUUAGAAGAAAAAGAAUUUAAUAAGCUGUUAAAUUAUUAUUAUGGAUGUGAAUUUAAAGAGUAUAAAAGUGAUUUGUACCAAUAUCUUAGUACUAAAGAAUUAGCUAAUUGUAUUGAGAUGGAUUUUUUGAAAGAAAAAAUUUCUAAACAAUUUAGUGAAUACAAAGAUACAUAUUUUAAUAUUUUUGAUCAUAUUACAGAGAAGGUGAUUAUUUAUACACUCAUGAUGAUUGUGUAG